AUGGCUCAAAUGAAUCCCGAAUUUAUGGAGGCGCUAUCCGCAAUGAUCGCGCAAGCACUCAAAGCAUCCAUCGCGGGUGCCAUCGAUCAGGUCAAUGCUGGUCAACAGGUUCCGGCCGGAGACGCUGCUGCUCCAUCGCCGAAAGUACCACCGUUCACAAUGCCAGAGUACCGUCCAUCCGAAGGAACGUCCGUCGCUGAUUACUUCAACCGAUUCGAGUGGGCAUUGCAGCUGAGUCACAUUCCAGAAGCCCAGUUUGCACCCUUUGCACGAGUUCACAUGGGAGCUGAACUCAAUAACGCUUUGAAAUUCCUUGUUACACCCCGUGAUCCUGCUGAGAUUCCCUAUACCGAGUUACGUAACACCCUGGUCAACCACUUCGAUCGUGCGAAAAAUAAAUUCGUCGAGAGCGUCAAAUUCAGACACAUCGUACAGCAAAAGGACGAAACCGUCGCACAGUUCGUUCUUCGUUUGAAGCAAGCACGAGAUAUCUGUGACGAAAUCAUCGCGAAAAACCCGGAAACGUUCAACGCUGCGUACGACAUCGCCCACAUGCUGGAAGCAACCCGGAACACGACACGAGAAGUCAACACGUUCACACAAUUGACGUAUUCAGAAGCUACUAACAAACUUGGCUACGAGAAGCCGAGAGCUAAGAAACCCCAACCUUAUCAUCCCACGACAUCCUCUCACCGGGAACAACAAGAAAAUAAAUCAGACGACAGAUAUCGAACCAAAAGUCACCCGAACAAUGCUGGUGGAUCAGGUUCCUGCAACGGCUGUGGUGGACAGCAUCUGCGGAGUCAAUGUCGUUUCCGUGACGUCACGUGCAACGUCUGUAACAAGAAGGGCCACAUAGCCAAAGUCUGCCGAUCAGGAAAAUCGAAGUCCCAAUACUCUUCCACCGAUCAGGUUCAAACUCAUGAAAAUCCAGCUUCAGAAGUCGACUUGAUACAGUCACUGAGUAAAAUCCACAAUGUUUCUUCAACCGGAAAGAAAAUGAUCAACGUCGCAAUCGACGGUCACCGCUUGCAAAUGGAACUAGAUACAGGAGCACCGUGUGGAAUCAUUGCUGAAUCGACGCUGAAAAGAAUCAAACCGAAGUUUUCUCUGCUACCAACAGACAGACAGUUCUCAAGUUAUACUGGUCAUAUCAUCAACUGUCUCGGUCGUCUUCCUGUGCAUGUAUCCAUCGGAUCUACAACGCGCAGACUGAAUUUGUACAUUGUGUCCGGAGAGUCCGACUCUCUCUUUGGGCGUGAAUGGAUUGCGCAAUUCGCUGACGAAAUUAAUCUGAAUCGAAUCUUCUCUUCAAACACAUCCGUCAAUUCACUUACGAGCACUGAACUUACUCCGGAUCAAGCAACGCAUCUGUCGACUUUACUGGACAACUUUGAUAGCAUCUUCAGCGAUGUUCCAGGAAAGCUCAUAGGACCAUCAGCGAAAAUUCAUCUAAAACCUAAUGUAUCUCCAGUUUUCGUGAAAGCACGAGACGUACCUCUCGCACUACGUGAUCGAUAUGCAGCGGAGAUCGACAAAAAACUCGCUUUAGGAUUCUACGAAAAAGUAGACUAUUCCGAGUGGGCAUCGCCGACCCAUAUCGUUGUAAAGAAAAAUGGGAACAUCCGAAUCACCGGUAACUAUAAACCGACUGUCAACCCAAGGAUGAUAAUUGACGAACAUCCGAUACCGAAAAUUGAAACGAUCUUCAACAAAAUGAAGGGAGCUGCUUUGUUUUGUCACCUCGACGUAACCGAUGCUUACACGCACCUUCCAAUCGACAAUGAGUUUCGCCAUGUACUUACCCUCAACACUACGACGCAUGGGCUCAUUCGUCCCACAAGAGCUGUAUACGGAGCUGCUAAUAUACCAGCUAUUUGGCAACGACGCAUGGAGUCCGUUCUUCAUGGAUUAGAUAACGUCGUCAGCUUCUACGACGACAUUAUCGUUUUGCACGAAACUUCGACGAGCUUCUGCUAG